AUGGCCGCGGUUCAGAAGUCGGAUGUCCCUCAGGGCUUUGCCCUGUACAGUCGGUUUGCCUUUGCUGGCGCUUGCUGCUGCUCCAUCACCCACGGAGCUGUCACUCCUCUUGAUGUCGUCAAGACCCGCAUUCAGCUCGACCCCGCCACCUACAACCGUGGUAUGAUCGGUGGUUUCAAGCAGGUCAUUGAGAAGGAGGGUGCUGGCGCUCUCCUGACUGGCUUCGGUCCUACCGCUGCCGGUUACUUCCUCCAGGGUGCCUUCAAGUUCGGAGGUUACGAGUUCUUCAAGCAGCAGGCCAUCAACCAGCUCGGCUACGAGACCGCUGCUAACAACCGUACCGCUGUCUACCUCGCUUCCUCUGCCUGCGCCGAGUUCAUGGCCGACAUUGCCCUCUGCCCCCUCGAGGCCACCCGUAUCCGUCUUGUGUCCCAGCCUACCUUCGCUACCGGUCUCCUGAGUGGUUUCAGCCGUAUUUUCAAGGAGGAGGGUCUCGCUGCCUUCUACUCUGGAUUCGGACCCAUUCUGUUCAAGCAGGUCCCUUACACCAUGGCCAAGUUCGUCGUUUUCGAGAAGGUCUCUGAGGCCAUCUACAAGAAGGUCGACAAGAACACCCUCACCGACGGUGCUAAGACUGGUAUCAACCUUGGCUCUGGUCUCAUUGCUGGUCUUGCUGCCGCCAUCGUCUCUCAGCCCGCCGACACCAUGCUCUCCAAGAUCAACAAGACUCAGGGUCUCCCCGGUGAGGGCACCAUCUCCCGUCUCGUGAAGAUCGGUAAAGAGCUCGGUCUCAAGGGCUCCUACUCUGGUAUCGGUGCUCGUCUGUUCAUGGUUGGUUCCCUCACUGCCGGUCAGUUCGCCAUUUACGGUGACAUCAAGCGCGUUCUCGGUGCCACCGGUGGUGUUGAGAUCGGCGUAUAA